UUUUAUACUAAUUCUAAUGGGAAAAGAAAGAUGGCUGCCUCCAGUGGUGAAAAAGUUACUUUGCCAACAAAGAGAUUACCUAAAGAUAUAUGGAUGAUCCGACCCUGUGAUUUUUACAGAGAAGAAUAUCAUGACUGCAAGAGUUUACGCGGCAGAUUCAACCAGUACUAUGUGUUUGGUACUCUCGAAGACUGUAACCAAUGGAAGCGUGACCUUGACAACUGUGUGAGGUUUAUGGACACCAGUUCUCCAGAUGCAGCUGAGAAGGUUCUGGAGCAUGAGAGAGUGAGGAUGAAGACGAGACUUGCAGCUGCUAGAGGUAACGACGUCUGGGAAUACAGAACCUCACCCCCACCCGAGUGGAACGCCCACUUGGAGAAGUGGACAAAACAAAAACAAAACACCAUUCUAGGCAGAGUCUCGCAGACUGGACUGUCACCUCCACAAACUGAGACAGCCAAUUCCUUAUGUGUUAUUUUAUGAUAGUAUGUAAAGGUUUAGAAACAUAUUUUUUGUGAUAGCAUGUAAAGGUUUAGAAACAUGUAAAAUAUAUAUAUAUAUACAUGUAUAUAGAUAUUGAGAGAGGGUAGUAUCUCAGUGGGUGUGCAUGUAUUGUAUUUAUAAACAUCUUUUCAAAAUCAGUUAUUUUCUAAGUGAGAACAACACUAUGAAUGGUUUUAUUCUCAGGUGUGUUCUUUAAAUUUUGUGUGGAGAGAAAAUAAAAUUAAAGGGACAUACCCUAUAUAAAAGCAGAUGUCUAUAAAAACAAGAGCUUGAAGCCUUUGAGAUUUUAUACUCCACGUGUGAUAACAGUAUUUACAGCACAGUGUUUUUGAAUGAUUUACAGUACAGUGUUUUGAAUGAUAUACAGUAUUUACAGCCCAGUGUUUUGAAUGCUGUGGAUAAUAAAGAGAUAAAACAGA